GUGUUCUGUUGUGUGAUUUGAUUAAUAAGCUCAAACCCGGAGUCGUUAGGAAGAUCAAUAGACUGUCGACCCCGAUAGCAGGUUUGGAUAACAUAAACGUUUUUUUGAAAGCUUGUGAACAGAUUGGAUUGAAAGAAGCCCAGCUUUUUCAUCCCGGGGAUCUACAGGAUUUAUCAAACCGAGUCACUGUCAAGCAAGAAGAGACUGACAGGAGACUGAAAAAUGUUUUGAUAACUUUAUAUUGGCUGGGAAGAAAAGCACAAAACAACCCCUACUAUCAUGGUCCCUAUCUCAAUUUGAAGGCUUUUGAGACUCUUUUAGGACAAGCUUUGACUAAGGCACUUGAAGAUUCUAGCUGCCUGAAGAGAAGUGGCCAGGACAGUGGCUACGGGGAUAUCUGGUGUCCGGACAGAGGAGACUUUCCUGCCCCUCCCGGGAGCCACAGGAGGGAAGAUUCCUUUGAAAGCUUGGACUCCUUGGGGUCUAGAUCACUGACCAGCUGCUCCUCAGACCUCACUCUCAGAGGCGGGAGGGAAGGUUGCGAAAGUGACAACGAUUGGGAAUUCACAUUCAAAAUGCAGGAUUAUAACAAAGAUGAUAUGUCCUACCGACGGAUUUCGGCCAUUGAACCGAAGUCAGCUCUACCGUUCAAUCGCUUCUUGCCUAACAAAAGCAAGCAGCCAUCCUAUGUGCCAGCGCCUUUGAGGAAGAAGAGGCCAGACAAAAAUGAGGAUAACAGAAGAAGCUGGGCUAGCCCUGUCUACACAGAAACAGAGGGAACAUUUUCAAGUACCCAGAGGAGAGCUUGGGGUCCCAAGAUGGAGAACUGGCACACGGUCCAAGAAACUUCCAGCUCCUCUUGGUGUUUAGAAGAGGAAGAAGAAAAAGUCACACGCUUGCCCAAUGUCGUGAAGGACGAUCUCUAUGUGCGGAAGCUUAGCCCGGUCAUGCCCAGCCCAGGGAGUUCUUUCGAUCAGUUCCUUCCCAAAGGCUGGACCCCUGAAGAUAUGAACUGGAAAAAAAUAAAAAGAGAGACUUAUAAGCCAUGGUAUAAGGAAUUUCAGGGACUCAGUCAGUUUUUAUUGCUUCAGGCCCUCCAAACCUACUCUGAUGACAUCUUGUCUUCGGAAACAAAUGUCAAACUCGAUCCUACCUCUGGCCCGAGGCUUAUAACUCGCAGGAAGAACCUCUCUCCCACCCCAGGCUACCGAGCCCACGACCUCGAGCUGCAAUCCCUAGAUCCUGACUUAGAAAAUGACGAUUUCUUUGUCAGGAAAACGAGGGCUUUCCAUGCCAAUCCGUGUGUUCUUCGAGCCUUCGAAGACUUUGGAAGGUUCUCCGAGCCGGAUGACGCUGUCGAACGCGAUAUAAUUUUGCAGUGUCGGGAAGGUGAACUCGUACUUCCGGAUCUAGAAAAGGAUGACAUGAUUGUUCGCAGGAUCCCAGCGCAGAAGAAAGAAGUGCCCCUUUCUGGGGCGCCAGAUAGAUACCAGCCAGUCCCCUUCCCUGAACCGUGGACCCUACCUCCGGAAAUCCAAGCGAAAUUUCUCUCAGUGCUUGAAAGGGCAUGCCCACCCAAAGAAAAACCAAGUAGCUGUAGGGUGUUAGUACCUUCCCAUCGCCUGAAGAAAGACGACAUGUUGACUCGCAAGAUCCAGUCUUGGAAGCUGGGGACUGCUGUGCCACCCAUCAGCUUCAGGCCUGGCCCCUGCAGCGAGGCCGACCUACGGAAGUGGGAGGCCAUCCGGGAGGCCAGCAGACUUAGGCACAGGAAGCGGCUGAUGGUUGAGAGACUCUUUCAAAAGAUUUAUGGUGAGAACGGGAGCAAGUCCCUGAGCGAUGUCAGCGCCGAGGAUGUUCAGAGCCUGCGUCAGCUGCGCUACGAGGAGAUGCAGAAAAUAAAAUCCCAGUUGAAGGAACAAGAUCAGAAAUGGCAGGAUGACCUUGCGAAAUGGAAAGAUCGCCGGAAGAGUUACACUUCAGACCUGCAGAAGAAAAAGGAGGAGAGGGAAGAAAUUGAAAAGCAGGCCCUUGAGAAGUCUGAUCGAAGCUCCAAGACAUUCAGGGAAAUGCUGCAGGACAGGGAAUCUCGAAGUUCUACAACUACGUCUAGGAGGAGGAUCUAUUCCUCCGAUGACAUCCUGGAUGAUGGCGUGCCCCCUCCUACAGUGACUCUGUCAGAAAUUAGUUCCCAGAGCGAGAGGCUAGAAGACAAGGCAAGAGCUCAUCCUGCUGAGAUGCCCAAGGAAGAUUCCACAACAUUUGCAAGUAGAGAGGACGGUAUAGCAGCCGAGAUCCCGCUUGCUUCUCAUAUUCCUGAAGAGCGACGUCAGGCCCCUUGGCCUUCUGUGGAAACACGCCAGGCCUCUUCAUCUUCCACAGAAUUGCACCAGGCCUCCUUGCCUUCCACAGAAUCAGACCAGGCCUGGUUGCCAUCUGCAGAACAGCACCAGACCUCUUUCUCUUCUGCAGAACCUCGCCAGGUCCCUUUGGUCUCUGCAGAACCACGCCAGGCCUCUUCUUUCUCCUCCACAGAACCGCACCAGGCCUCUUUGUCUUCUGCACUACAGCGUCCAUCCUCACUCUCUUCUUCUCAGCAGUCAUGGAGCACAAGAGGAGAGUCAACUCGGAUUUCAUCAGCUUCUCUCCCUAGAAGUUACCAGAGAAGCGAUACAGCCAGGCUAACAUCUGUGGUCACAGCGAGACCUUUUGGCACAUCGUCACGGGGAAUCUCAUCACUGCCCAGAUCCUACACGAUGGAUGAUGGCUGGAAAUACAACGGAGAUGUUGAAGUUGUCAAGAGAGAGCAACAUGAUUUGGGCAGAGCUGCCGGCCUGAAGCCUGACUCCAGCCAUUUUAUUUUGGGCUCAUCCAGCGAGAAGGAAGUAGCCACAGGAGAAGAUGUGGCAAGCCUGUCCUCUCUCGCACUCCCUUCCUCAUCUCUCUCCCACGACCAGGCAGCCUCCUCAAAAGCCACAUUCUCAUCAACGUCUGGCCUGGGUUCAGUGUCUGACUCUGGAGAAGGGAGAAGCUCACCACUGAGGGAAGUUUCAAGGUCCCCGGAUCAGUUCAGCGAUAUGAGAAUCAGCAUAAACCAGACGCCCGGGACCAAACAUGACUUUGGGUUUACAAUAAAAUGGGAUGUUUCUGGGAUCUCCGUAGCAUCAGUUGAAAAAGGUAGCCCAGCAGAAUUCUCUCAGCUGCAGGUAGAUGAUGAAAUUCUCGCCAUCAAUAACACCAAGUUUUCAUAUAAGGACACAAAAAAGUGGGAAGAAGCUAUGGCAAAUGCCCAAGAAACUGGAAACUUAGUGAUGGAUGUCAGGCGCUAUGGAAAGUCCGGUUCACCCGAAACAAAGUGGAUCGAUACAACUUCAGGAAUUUACAGCACAGAGAAGUCUUCAAGUCUAUCAGUGACAACUGAUUUCUCUGAAAGCCUUCAGAGUCCUUAUUCUGAAUCCAAAGAAAUCAAUGGAAUUCAUGAGGAGAGCAGCACCUUUGAUUCAAAAGCAUCAGAAUCCAUUUCUUUGAAAAAUUUAAAAAGGCGAUCACAAUUUUUUGAACAAGGAAGCUCUGAUUCUGUGGCUCCUGAUCUUCCGGUUCCAACCCUCAGUGCCCCGAGUCGCUGGGCUUGGGAUCAAGAGGAGGAGAGACGGCGGCAGGAGCGGUGGCAGAAAGAGCAAGAUCGCCUACUGCAGGAAAAAUACCAACGCGAGCAGGAGAAGCUGAGGGAAGAGUGGCAGAGAGCUCAGCAGGAGGCAGAGAGAGAGAAUUCCAAGUACCUGGAUGAGGAGCUGAUGGUCCUAAAUUCCAACAGCAUUUCCCUGACCUCCCGGGAGUCUGUGACUGCCUCCUGGGAACCCAGCUGGAGUGAAGGAUCCAAGUCUCUGGACAGGGAAGGCACCCGAGCCGGAGACGAGGACCGGGGACAGCUGGAAGACGAUGCUGUGUAUGAGGACCAGAGUCAGAAGCUGCAGGAAAGGCUCAUGCUUGAGCAAGAGAAGAAAAGGAAGGAGCAAGAGGCUCAGGAAGAGGAGCUCCGGAAGCAGCGGGAGGCUGAGGCCCAAGCUCGGGCUGAGGCAGAAGCCCAGGCCAGGGCAGAGGCCCUGGCUCGGGCAGAGGCCCAGGCCAGGGCCGAGGCUCAGGCCCGGGCAGAGGCCCAGGCCCAGGCCGAGGCUGAGGCUCGAAAACGAGCUGAAGCACAGAAGCUCCAGGCAGAGAGGGAACGAGAAACUUCGGUCAAAAUAUACCAGUACCGGAGGCCUAUUGAUUCCUACGAUCUACCAAAGAGAGAAGAAGAAUCUUCAGGGCUGCUUCCAAUUGACAGGAGUAAAUCAAGAUCUACUACAGAGUUAAAUGACCCCCUCAUAGAGAAGAAUGGAAGCAGCAAAUAUUCAGAUCGAAUUGGGACCACUAGCUUUUCACAAAGGAGUUCUAAGAAGGAUCAAGGCCCCUCGGAAGCAGAGUUGGAGAGACAGCAAAUCCUUCAGGAAAUGAGGAAGAAAACAUCUCUCCACAAUGACAACAGCUGGAUCCGACAGCGCAGUGCCAGUGUAAACAAGGAGCCCAUCUGCCUGACUGGGAUCAUGAGAAGAGGGGAGUCUCUGGACAAUCUGGAUUCCCAGCGGCCAGCAUCUUGGAGGCAGUCCCCUUGGCACAGCCAGCCUGCAGGAGUCUACGCGUCUUCCUCUGUUCAAGACUUUAGUCGCCUGCCACCACAGCUGUUGUCCACAUCAAACCGUGCCUACAUGCGGAACCCAUCCUCUGCGGUACCGCCUCCAGCUGGCUCAGUGAAGACCUCCCCGGGCUCUCCCUCUCCGCGCAGCCAUUCUCCUUCGAUGUCACAGUCAGGCUCUCAGCUACGUAACAGGUCAGUGAGUGGAAAGCGUGUGUGCUCCUACUGUAAUAACAUUCUGGGCAAAGGAGCCGCCAUGAUCAUCGAGACCCUGGGUCUUUGUUAUCAUUUACAUUGUUUUAAGUGUGUCUCCUGUGAGCGCGACCUCGGAGGCUCUUCCUCAGGAGCCGAAGUCAGAAUCCGAAACCACCAACUGUACUGCAAUGACUGCUAUCUCCGAUUCAAAUCUGGACGGCCAACCGCCAUGUGACGUAAGCCUCCACUCAAAAGCACUGUUGCAGAUAGAAGAGGAGACGGUGGUCACUGAGGCAGAACUAUAAAAAAUGGUGUAUGUUUUCCCCUCUUUUUUUUAAAAAAAAAAAGAAUAAUCUUUGCCUCGUUAGAUGACAUAGGAACACUGUGGUGUUGGUAGGACCUGUAUUUUUGUUGUUUAUUUAUAAGAAGGUAAUUAUGUGGGGAGGGGGGGAAGAGUGCAGUAUUUACCUUUUGAACUCAGCAUCCUAAAAGCACAAGUGGGAAACAAAACAAAACUCAAGAACUUAAAAAAAUAAUACUUCUCAUGCUGAUGAUCUGAUGAUCUAGUUUGACUCUUAAGUGGUUUUUCGAAGAGGGUAUUUUGUUUCAAUUUUUUUAAGUUCUUAAACGUUAUUUGAAAUAGUUAAUAUAAAUAUGUAAUUGUGUUUGUCUAUUAUAAUGUAUUCUAAGUUAAUGUGGAACCAUAUGAAAAAUUUUCACCUAAAUCCACCCAUAAAUUUGCUCUUUGUGUUUUUCUUUACCCAGAAACAAUCCAGCUGAAAAGUGAUUUUGCUUAUGUAAUGUUUUAUUUGCUUGAGGAGGGCACUCUGUUUUCUUUACAAGGACUGUUGUGGCUAAGCAAAUGCCAGUAGAAAAGCUGUUUAUUUUCAAUAAUGAAAAAUAAUCGUGGUUUGUAUACCGGUAAUUUCCUCCAGAAACUAGUGAGCGUCUCUGUUCAGUUGCCUUUGUAAAUAAAAUUUGUGAUGCAUUUAAGGAACGGUUUUUAAAACUA